AUGCUGCUGGAUGCCCCGUCAAUCUCCUUUGCGGACAGAUUGAGUUGGGUAGCAAGGAAGUUGGAAUCGGAGCAGCUCCGAACUUUCAUGGCCUUGGUGUGGGCUGCGUGGCAUUGCAGGAAUAAGGUGAUCUUUGAUGGCUCGGGGGUGGUGGAUGCUGUGAGUGUGGCUGCGGGUUUUGUGAGACUAAAUGAAGAAUACUCCUUGUAUAAUGCAAAGGUGAGUGGGACUACUAUGUCUCACGUUUGUACCUCAAAUGCAAGUUGGCUUCCUCCACCUUCAAAUUGUGUAAAACUCAACGUGGAUGCUCAUGUGUUGGAAGGAAAUGGAGUGAGCUUUGGAGCGGUAAUUCGAGACGAAGAAGGGAAGUUGUUGGUUGCAGCAGUAAAACGGAUAGGGGCAAACUGGCAGCCCGAAAUGGCCGAGGCGGGUGCAGCACGAUAUGGAGUGGAGUUGGCUAGGAGAUUGGGAUAUAGCAGCGUGAUAUUGGAGAGUGACUCCCUGAAGGUUGUUCGUGCCAUUAAGACAAGGCAGGAGGGUGUAUCCCCUAUUUACAUUUUGUAUGAUGAUAUUGUUGGUACAUGUAGUGAGUUUUUCCAAUUUAUGUGUGUUCAUGUUAGGAGAACGGGUAAUACGUUGGCCCAUUGCAUUGCUAGAUGGGAAACCGGUAUUGACUCAGAGCGUAUUUGUAUGAACUCAUUCCCUCAAAGUUUGACAACUUUGGCGGAAUUGGAUUUGACUUAA